AUGACUGAAGAGACAAAACAGUCAUUGGAUGCCAAAGAACUGGAUAAUGAGUCCAAACAUCAGGAUAAGAGGGCUGUUGAGCACAAAAGCUUAAAAGAGUCCCCUGAGCACUUUGUGAGUUUGGAGCCACAAGCAUUGAACAAUCUUGCAAAGUUUGCAGAAAAAGAGAGGGACAGCACGCAGCAACGUGAGGCCAUUAUUCGGCCACAGCAGGCUGGAAAGAUUGAUUUUAAGUCAUUGCAAAAUCAUUCGUUCAGCAGCAACAGGACGUGGCCUAGUGGUAAGGAAAGCCCUCAGUCACCUAGUGGCAAAAGUCGGAACAGAGACAAAAGUAGAAAGUCUGGGAAAGCAGAGCGUAGCAACCCACAGCAGUUGUACAGAUUAAGUAUUACAAACCCACGCCCAAAUCCCACAAUCGGAAUAGCUUAUCCACAGCAGAAAGUGUCACCUCCAAAGAAGCUUGAGUCUAGCAGGGGCCCUGUCUCAGGCAGCUAUCGGUUCCACGUGCCAAGUAUUCCAGAGCGAGAGGCCGAACUGCAACAGGAGGAGCAAAACUACAACCGAUGCUUCCAGGAGAGCUCCCCCAACCUUACUCCUCAAAGCUAUACCUCACAGAUAGUCAGCUCCACACCUGGAGGGCCUGCUCUCCAGAAUCAACCACCCACCCCACAACAGCAGCAACAGAAGACCAGCUCAAUCGAGUGCAACAGCACACAACCUGGCAAUGAAAAUAUAUUCCCUGACUUUCAAUUGAGUGAAACAGACACUUGGCAGUCUCCAGAUAGGACUUUCAGAAACACAAGUUUUGGUGUUACUUCACUAAAGCAGACCAACCUUGUGGACUUGAACAAGGCCAAUGGUAGUUUUAUGCCUUUGCCAUUUCAGUAUGGAUUCCCAUUGUUAGAGGAGUCAGUACCAGAGCCCUUUCCAUGUGAUCCGAAUACCCAGUCCCAAGACUAUAUUAAUAUUUCUAAUCAGGUUUCCCAUAAUCCAUUUUCCUUUCAGUCCUCUGGGGAAGGGCUUGAGGUCAUGCAAACUAACACACAGUUUGGUAAUGACCAGAUAGAGGACAGACAGUCAUACCCAUUACAACCUAAAACACCCCAGUACAUGCAGACUCCACUUGGUGUGCCGCCUUCUGUCCCAGCAAAUGACAGCCUGCUAUCAGGCACUCGCCAAUCAGAUCAGAGUAAGAGUGUUCCAGAUAAAUGUGAUUCUUUUAGCCCAAUAGACAGCCGGGACACUGGCCUUGCAUUAGGGGGCAAGAGAGACUGCCAUCACAAAAAUGGUGCCACUAGCCAGAGAGUUCUUAUUCAAGGCAGUGUCCAUCAUAUUAGGAAUAAAUCACAAGGUUCAAGUUCCCAAAUACAUGUAAUUAGUCCUCCACAUAAUGGUGUUCACGUUGGCCCAGUGCCUGUUGACAAAAGUGUCAGUAAACACCACAUCAGCAGGGUAUUACACCCAUGGGAAGGACAAAACAAAGCCUUUCCACCACCACUCAUAGACCCAACUCCUACACCUUACCCCUAUCAGUACCAGCCUGCACCAGAACAAAGGCAAAACACUGGCAUGAAUGGCCGUUUGCCUUGGCAGCAGAUACACCUCACAACUGCCUUGCCCAACCAAAACAGGACUGGCCAUUCCAGGCAACUGAGCAAUCAGCAGCUCACUUUUUUGGUAGGCCCAUCAGACUGGCAAGAUGAUGGUAAGCAACACAAAAAUAGCAACCAAAAAAGUUCUAACAACUUUCUCAACAAAAAGACAAAUGAGGGCUUUUCAAAUCAAAGGCAAGAUAGUGUCAGCCAAGGUUGCAAUACAAUUCCACCCUGUCAUUUCACAAAUAAGGUGGACACGAAUCAAGAACAGGUGUGUGAUGCCAAGAAUAAGUCAUUGUGCUUUGGCAUGAACCAGGCAAUGCCUGUGACUUCAUCAAGAAACUAUACCUACCCUCCAUUACAUGUAGCACCCAUAGGGCUAAGGAUGGUGUCUCCAUAUGACUCUCCUUCACAAUCACCCACUCAAAAUCCAGCCUCUAGCAGUACAUGCUCUUCACUUUCACCAGCCUCCACAAACUCUGUAAACAGUAACUCUGAUGACAGCCAAAUUUCAAAGGUUCUGUCCCCUCAGUUUUAUCACCAGCAACAGGAUAAAGCAUUGAUAUCAUCCAAUAACCUAAUAACUACUAAUAACACUAACCAGCACCAUUACCAUUCUGACACAUCCAGAGGCUUACACUACAAACAAGACAGUGCCAAAGAGAACAUUAUAAGUUUCAUACCAAAUAACAGGCAUUCAAAGCCCACUAUGGACAAUGGGAAAGGUUGUUUAGACCCCAACAGAACAGAUCACCAUCCUCCACCUCCAUACUCUGCCCACCAACUACUCGCCACAUCAUUAGCCACAGCUAACCUUGACCAACUGGAUGUGCUUUUGACAUGCAAGCAAUGUGAUCAGAAUUUUAAUAAUCUUGCCUCUUUUCUUGACCAUAAGCAGUACUGUGGACAGCAUACAUUUGCACAAAAUGACUUAAAAGAUGUGCCAAAAGUGGAGGACACAAGGAAAUUUCAGACAGACCACACAAAAGCAAUGUCAUCUGGAUCCAGUUAUGCAAUUUUACGGAGCUCUUCCGAUUUGCAUCUGUCACUGCUUGGACUUAACAAGAAUGGGGACAUAGUGCCAGAUAAUGAAACCAAAGGAGAUAUAAAAGAUGAUCCAAUGAAACUGAUGCUACCAUCUGCACCCUUGCCUGACUUAGAGAUGGAAGAUCCCAAAUUGGAUAGCCUUAUCACAGAGGCUUUGAAUGGACUAGGUUAUCAGUCAGACAAUGCAGAGAUUGAUAGCAGCUUUAUUGAUGCAUUUGUUGAUGAUGAUCUCACCACUACUAAAUGCACAUCAACAAGACAGAUUCUGACAACUAAAGAGUCAACAAUAUUUGAAGGUAGAACAAACAAUGAGUCAACAUCUAGUGAAAAACCUCAAGCACAUGGCAUUUAUCCAUUUGACUCAAAUUUAGACAGCCUUGGUUCUGACAGCAAACACACAGACAGCACUUUCAAAGAAAAUCAAAUGUCAAUGCAAAAUGAGGAAGGCCUUCAAAUGGAAACCUUACCAACAGAGUCAAAGUUACAAGAGUCCAGCAAACAAAUUGAGUGGGAAGCAAAGUCAGGAAAAACAGACCAGGAAAACGAUUAUGGUUCCAAGUUCCUAUUAUCAAGUAAAUUUUCUGCAAGAUGUGGGCUUAAAAGCUUGCAAAGCCGCACAGCAUUAGUUAAAACAACAUGUCCUAGAUCCACCUCUGCCACCAAAAAUCCUACAGCUCAGAAACCAAUAGCAACAGAGGGGAAAAGGAAAAGGACCAGUGGUGGAAGCUGGAGCAAAGAGCUAAUUCACAAAAUUGUUCAACAAAAAAAUAAGUUACACAAACUGCAUGUAAAAGGCACAAAAAACAUGCAAUUUUCACUAGUGAUGGAAAGAGUGACUCCUGCAGUGCAGAACCCUACUUUUAGAGAGUAUGACUAUGUUUCAGACUCAGAUGAGGACUGUGAGCCUGUAAAGAUAGCCAGUCAGGGGCGCCUCAGCAAGAGCAUUCGCUGCAAGUACACUUACACUAAAGAGUGCAAGGGGAGGAUUCUUGCUGACAAGAGCCCGGAAAGUUCAUGGAAACAAAACAAAAAUGAGUGCUUUGAAGCCAAGAAAGCUUUGGAUGCCUCUCCAGCUUUGAUUAAAGAAACCCCUGGUCACCAGAGGCUGCGAAGAAGAAGCAGUAGGUCUUCCACAAGCAGUGAACUCAGCACAUCUUUAAGUAUCUGUAGCGAUAGCAUUAGCAGCCCCAAAAGUACUGAUCAUACAGAUUCAGAAUCUGAGAAAAGAAUGGAAGUACAAAGGAAAGAUCAGGACUCCCUUGAGCAGAAUGGGUACGAAGACUCUCCACCAAGGAUGCGGAAAGAGUCAAGCACAUCACUGGCUCUAACCUUCACAAAAAAUACAAAAAGGUUCAGCACUGAUAAGAUAUUACUCACUGAACACAAGGAUGGGUUCACUACUUCAAAAUGCUCAAGCAUUAUCUGUAAGACUGAAGAGACUGCAUCUGAGCAUACGAUGACCAAAAGCACUGUCAGCCUCGCAAGAUUCAAAACCACCCGAGUGGAAAUAGAGGAAAAAGGGGACCACUAUGGUUUUGAGACAGGCAUCCGUGCGACCACAGAGGAGCCAUUCAAAAAAGAUUUUCCAAAAAAUAUCACAUCACCCAAAGGGUCUGGCAAAGCACUGAAUCCAGUGGAAACCACCAACAAUAGGGACUCAAGCCAUGCUUUUAAACUCAAAAAAGAUAUUGUUACAUCAAAGGAUAAAUCCCACAAAAAGAGAACAUGCAGUUCUGAAUCCACAGUGCCCAUUUUAGAGACAAAUAGCAAUGACAAUCCAUCCAGUGAAGAAGCCAAGAAAAGCUCAAGUGAUCUAUUCUCUGAACCCCCACCUCUUUGCAAUUCACUCAUGGAUAAAGUGUGUUUAUCGCCUUUAAAAUCCCAUGAUACUUCUGCACAGAAACAUGGGCAAUGUCUCAUGCCUUAUACUUCAGAACAUGAUCAGAGUCUCAUAAAGUCACCCCUUUCUUUUGAUACAACGUCAAUGUUUGGUGACCUAUCAGUGGGAGGUUUUGAGAAUAAUCUUUAUCCAGAGAUUCAGCUAGCCAAAGAGAGCUUUAGUCCUUUGGAAACCACUACAGAUAAGAAGGAACUGUUUGAAUCAUCAUUCUCGCCAUUCUUGGAGCAGAGAGAUUGGAAUCUGAUGGUUGACGUUACUCCUGAGCUUCCAGAUGUGAUUUCUCAGUACAAAGAGGACUCUGAGUCCAAUGAGAAUAAGUCAAAUUUUAACCAUGUACCCUUCUCUUUGCCUGAAAAAUUAAUGGACUACAAUCCAAAUCUCAACAGCAGUGUGUUAGUUGAUGAUCUGGAAAUAAAAAGAAUUGUUACAGAGCUUGAAAGUCAGCUCCAAACAGCUAAGCUAAGCAGCCCACCACCAUUAGACAGUGAGCUGACAAAACAGCUGACAAUGAGCAAAUUCUCUCCACUGAGACUUGACCCUGAAAGUGAAAAUGAAGACAAUACCUUAGAGAUGAACUGUCCCUCAGAGAACUUACCGAUUGCUGCAUCAGUAGACUCUCAAGCUCCGAUGUUGCCAGAACCUGACUUACCAUGGUCCAGCCCCCUCCAGUUUGGGUUGAUGUGUGUUCAACAAGGCCUUCAUACUCCAACACAUUCCUCUGCUAUCAACACAUCAAAUGAUUCAGGACAUGAUCAUUUGGAUAUAAAGGACAGCAUGGGGCUGACUGAUCUGAACACAACAAACUGCCCACCUCUGCAUCUAGAGGACAAAACUGAGAGGAGCGAGUUUUUGGACACUGACACUACAAGCAAGUCAGAAGAGAUGUUAGAACAUGAAAUGUACACAGAAAAUCUGAUGAAGAGCCUGGAAGUGAUCUCAGAUUCAUUGUCUUCAGGGUUUACAUCACCUCAGUCAUCACCUAAUCAAGAGUCUGAGGUUCUUGAGGUGCAUGAAAAACCAGACAAUGAAAACUCAGAACACAAUGAUGAGUCUAAAAAAGUGGAAUGUAAAAACUCAGAAGUAGAGCUGACAAAGUUCUCUGUGGAGACAAACACUUUUUUAGAUAAACUGGAAGAGUCAUCAACUAGUGACAUUGCAGAGUCACAGUCAAACAAUGGAACAAAAGCCAGCCUCAUGGAGAGUAGUAACAUGACUCUUUGUAAUAGUGAAUUAGUAGUUAAUGAACAACAGCUUGCUGAGAGCUCCUUUGAGAUUCCACAAACGAAAUGCUGUGUGGACUCAUCGAACAACAUUAACUCACAGAAGUCUGUAGUCUCCAUUUUUGCACAACAUUGUGAGUCUUCUGUCAACCAAACUGAGAAUGCUGAGAAUGAAAGACUGUUUGAUGUAAAACACCUUAAAGACUUGAGUUCAGACUCUAAAAUAUCCCACCUCUCAACAUCCCCAGCUAUACUAAAAGAUAUACACACUAUAUGUGUAAAAGAAAAAAGGCAAAAAUAUGAUGCCGAAAAGUCAGUUCUAAUUGUGGUGCCAGAACCCAUUUAUGAAGAGAAUCUUGUUGCCUGUGACAAAAUAAGGGGAACAACAGACAGUCUCUCUGAUGCAGACGUCCAGCCAUUGCUUUCAAACAACAAUUCUCCUUGCAGUGAGGACAAUUUGUUAACCCCUUCACAACAUAGUGGGAUUUGUGAAAUUAAUACACAACAAAUGGCUUCUCCUAGACAUCUUCCUGCGGGUCAAGAUGACCAUGAUUGUACAGACAGUGUGAAAAGAUCCACACCUGAUAUGAUAUUGUUUCUUGCACCAGAAUGUGAAGAGAAUCAAGAAAAGAACAUUAAUCAGAAUCCUGAAAUUCUACCUGUGACUCAGCACCCACAGUUUUCUCACAACUCUGUCCAAAGCCUUUCUGAGCUGAGAGACAACAGUCCACUACCAAAUGGCUUGAAUUAUUUUAACACAGUUAGUCCUGUGCUGAGUAAAAACAGACCAGCCCUGGAAGACAAAAACUCGGAGGACAUAAAUAUUGGAAGGUCAGAAGAUGCUUUUGAUUCAGCAGCUACAAGACUAGGUAAUUCAUUUAUUCCCCAUCUGGAUUUAGUAGAAAUCACAGAGAGUAAAAUGUCUAGCCCUGGAACACUGUUGGCUGUGGACAGCAUCUCAAAACAAUCUUUUGGGGAGACUUCUGAGUAUUCUGAUGCACUGGAUGUCUCUCAGCAUAAGGGUUUACUGUAUGAUUUGAAACCAAGCCCUAUGAAUUACAGUGAAACAUGUUCCAAUGACUACAACUUCACCUCUAAAUGUGUAAACAAAGGAGAUGACCAGUCUGAAAUAAAAUCAUGCUCCACAGACAAUUACAUUCUCAGUUCAUGUGCUCCAUCUCUUGAUAAAUCAUUGCCAUCCAGCCCACUGCAUAAUGAAAAUGGACACGGUCUGAAUAUUCAGGGUCACUUGAUUGGACUUGAAAUACCAGAAACCUCUAUAAAUGACAAUACUGACCAAAAUGAAAACAAAUUUUCACUUGUCUCAGCUACAAGCAGUAAUUAUGUUGAGGACAUCACUCCAGUUGACUCUGAACUCUCAAAACUUCACCAAAAUAACAUGAAUGGAGGUCAUGUUCCACUUGCAACAGUUGAUUACAUGGAUCUACACCUCAACUUUCUGAAGAAAGUAGAUUCUGAGAUGCUAGAAAAUCAGAUCACCACCAAAGAGCAUGAUGCACUGUUGCAGAGAUCCACUAUGCCAGAUGUUAAGGAGACACUUAAACCUCUGAUAGAUCUUACAUGCCCACCUGUCCAAAAUGAAGGACAGUGUUUAAAGCAAAGCGAGACAAAAAUCUCACAGAGAAAGGGUGGUACACAAAAUGCAGUUCAAGGAAAAUUUCAAUGUGAAAUAUGUGAAAUGUUCUUUCGUACUCUACCUGGACUUAAAAGACACAAAGCCAUGAAACAUGUAGUAAAGGCAGAAAGGAUUUCACCCAUUAAAAAUGUAAAUAUGAGCAGUCAAGUGUUCAUACCCAUUUACCAUAUGUCACACCCAGUGGAAAAGGUGCUGAAAGACAGCAUAGAUGAUAUGGGUCCAACAGUUUUUUCACAUUCCAACAGAAGUGAAAUCUCAGUUAGACAAGGACCGAAAGCAGAUCCACCUCUUAUUUUUGAAAAUAUUGCAAAUGAAGCUGAUGAUUCAAACAUCCCAGAAAGUCAUGUUAUGGAUCGGGCAACAUGUGUAAAUGAAAAAGCAAAUAACAUCAGCAAAGUAAGAAAUAACAAUACCAUUGACAUCAGCAGUGAAAUGUUUGACCCAAAACUGGUAAAGCAAGACUCUUUUUCAGAUGAAGUACUCAGUAUGCUUAAGACAGAUAUAUUGAAGGCUAUCUCUCCGGAUUUCUCCUCAAUAGUGCAUGAAAACUGUCCAAAGUCACCUGAAAAUCAGGGCCCAAAUAGCAGCCACAGCUAUCAGGAUAACACUGUGAGAGAGGAGCAGAAGAGCAUUGGAACUGUCAGCACCAAAGAGCAAAAGAAAGAAACUUGUAUAGAACAUUCCAAAUUGUAUGAGAAAGAAGUUACAUGUGAUGAUAAUGUUGUGACAAAGUAUUGCGAUAUUAACCCAAAAUAUGUUCACACAGAAGAGAUAAACUACCCACUUGCGGAUUCUACUGUGGAUAUCAAGCAUGAGAACACUUGUUCUCUCACAGAAAACAGCCAUGCACUUACUGGUACUCCAGGACUAGGACCUGAUCUGAAGGAUUUCUUUGAUGAUGAAAGCACUUUUUCUCAGUUAUUCCCAAGAAAUUUUGACAGAAAAAGGAAGAAAUGUGCAAGAGUCUACGGUAAAAGCAACAAAAAGCCAAAACAACUGUCCUGUUUACUUCUAGACUAUCCUCCCACUAAUGUAUUUAUUGAUAAGUGCGAGGAGUCCAAAGAAAACAAGAUGGGCCAAAUGUUUACUAAUGACCCAAAUGACAAUUGUGAAUAUGAAACAAUAUCAAUUGAUGAUGCUAAAAUGCUUGAGAUGUGUCACAAAAGCUCAGUCAACAGCUGUAUAGAGAACGCUUGUCACUCAAAAGAUGACUUAAUGGAUCAUCAGGCUGAAUGCAAGGAAACUGCAGAAACUGGCAUUACUGAUGACACAAUUAGACAACCCUUAGUGCAUCAGGAUGAAUCACAAGGCACAGUCACAGAGAACACAGAGUCAACAGUUCCUCAGGAAGAUUGCAUACCAGUGAUUCCUGCUGCAGCUUACCCUCUCCAACUGGUCUGUGUCCAAGAAAAUGCCUCUCACUCCCCUGGCAUUAAGAUCCCAAGCCUUGACACUUCAAUUCAGCUUGCUCUACCAUUUUUUGAGACUGGGAGGGAUAUGCCAGUGGUUGAAACCAUUGGAAGCACUGAAUUGAAAGAUCCUUUAAAACCCUGCAAAAAACCUACAGAGCGGAAGUGCAGAAAACGCAUUGAACCUGGACUGAAACCCAAGGAUAAGCAGUACAAAUGCAAGGUGUGUUUCACAUGGUUUCUCACCUUAGGUGAACUGGAUUUCCACAAGCUCUCUCAUAAUCCAUCACCUCCCCCAACUUGUUAUAUGUGUGUCCAGCGCAAAUUUAGCUCCCGUGAACAGCUUCGGGACCACCUCAGGGAGAAACACGCCAAGAAAAAAGCAGGCGGUUGGACUUGUGGCAUGUGCUUGAAAGAAAUCUCAGAUGUCUGGAUGUACAAUGAACACCUGCGAGAGCAUGCCACACAGUUUGCGAGAAGAGGACAGUCUCAGAGUUCCCUCCUGGAUGUGCCAGGGAGUUUUAUGCAGGAAAAUGCUGUGAAGAACUUUAUAUCUUCAAUUAUGCUGCAUCGACCCAGCAAGCCUGCAAAAGGAGACAAUGUUAAACAUUCAUCUAAAGAAGAGAGAAGAGCUUCUUUAUAUGUAAAUGGGCAAGAGACGAAGAUUCCAGAAGAGGCCGAUUUCACAGGUCUGAAGACUAAAAUGAAUAUUGGGGGAGGAGGUAAAAAUUGCGCACUGACAAUGCUCGAGGUUCUGCCUAAAGCAGAGACUUCUUCAAAAAAUGCUGAGAUACAUCCUAAUUGCAAAGAUCCAUCAAGGGACUGUCAUCACUGUGGCAAACAGUUUCCAAAGCCCUUCAAGCUUCAGCGGCACUUGGUCGUUCACAGCUUGCAAAAGAUUUUUCUGUGUCAUAAAUGUCCAGUAUCCUACCAAGAAGUAAAGGAGAUUAAAGAUCAUAUGAAAAAGAAGCAUGAGGAGAUGGAUGAGCUAGACUCAAAACAUACUACGUUGUAUACUUGUGAACUAUGUGCAGAUGUCAUGCAUGUAAUCAAGAAAUCCUUCAUAUGCAGCACCUGCAACUACACCUUUUCCAAGAAGGAACAGUUUGACCGCCAUAUGGAGAAACACCUUGCUGGAGGAAACAAAAUCUUCAAGUUCAGGGGAGUCGUAAGACCUUGCAAGCCUUUUAAUUCAAAUGUCGAUAAAUCUGACAUGCCACCGAACAAGAAGAGGAAGGCAAUCGUGAGCAGCUCAGACAAUGGUUUUGUCGCCAUGCCAUCGCUCAGCUUAAACAAGAGUACUGACAUGCAAGGCAUGAAGUCAGUGUUGCCCAUCAUAGCAGACACUCCACAGAAUAGUAAUCAUGAGCAUUCUGCUGAGACAAACAAUACCAGUGUGAAAAUUGAAGAUGAAGCUGAGGGCUUCCCUGAGGUCUCCAGGGAUAUUACACAUUGUCCAACACCAAAAAACUCUGCUGAACAAAGUCUUCUCACAACAGAGCUGAAGAAAGAGGAUGAAAGCUGCUCCCCAUCUCAUGAAAUCCAAGAGUGUGAGACCAGGGUGGUAAAUACAGUUGAUAAAGAAGCUCUGACACAGAUUUGUGACGUUAAAAUGGAAGAUGACUGUAGUGCAAUUCCGACUACAUUGCUAGCUUCAGAAAGAAACAUUAUCGAUAGCAAUACCCAAUGUAGCGGAGACAUGGAGGGGACAAAUACAUCUGUAAACCUUGAAAAUGGAAGUGAACAGGUGGAAACAAGGGACUCAGAUCUAUGCACAAUACAAGUGUGCGGUCAAGCAAAUGUAAGCCAAACAAAACAAGACAUACGAGGCCUCUUAUCUUGCAAUGACUUUGACCUCUCAUCUGAGAAGCAGUCUUCAAAUGAGACAAACCAACUGAACCAGGAUCAAACAAAACAGGAUUCAUUUAGCAUCAAAAAAAAUGAGAAUAAACAAGCUGUUCACACAGCGCAGAACAGUGAACAGCCAUCUAUUCAUCUGGUUAAGCGCAUAACUGUGGCCAAGUCUACGGACAAUGUGAAACAAGGUCUUGAAAAUAACCCAAGGUGCCUUAGUACAACUGAUGUUGCACGUCACACCAACAUCUCUCACAGCUCAACUCCAAGUGAAGACAAGGACUCGAUAAAGCAACAAAAGAAAAGAAAAGAACUAAAGUCACCGCACAGUUCUCAAAGAACACCAUCCCCAACUACAAGGGAAAAUCUUGGCAUUGACCAAAGGGUCAAAAAGAAGUUCAGACCCAAUAGGUGUGAAAACAUCGAUGGACAAAGAAAAAAUGAUCUUCCCAAUGACUAUCCAGUGCUUACAUCAGUAAAGGAUGAAACAGUCAGCAAUAAAAUCAUCUCCAAGCACAAAAUAGUGUCUUCUAAUCUGGGCCUUCACCUAAAGAAAGGUUCUGUAAAUAGUUUUUCACAAAAAAAGGUGGAGAUUGUACGUCACUUCAAUGGGGAUUGCAAAGGGAAAAAGAGUGUUCCUGGGGGACUUAUGCAUUCCCCUUCUUCCAGGAUGUCAACCCUGAACAAUUCAUUUAAUAAAUCACGGCCCAAACCAGGGGUCAGAUCAAUAGAGACUCAGUCAUAUCGUACUGCAGAGUCACAAAACAACCUCCUCAGCCAGCUGUUUGGCCAAAGAUUGACUAGCUUUAAAAUUCCUUUAAGGAAGGACACUUCUGAAUCUAUUAAUUAAGGAUUAAAUGGAUGCUAUUAACGAGGAGGUAAUUAAGUGAGCCACUAGGCAUGUGAUUAAGGCAGUUUAUUCAUGAGACUAGGAUUGUAUGACCCUCCUCUGUGAAAUCAUUUAACUCCUUGUUUAGUCACUUUAUUGCAUUCUACUUGUAAAUGUGUAUUUACAUAUAUGCAAAGACCAACGACAAAAUAUAUAAAUAUAGGAUAAAUUUGUUGGUUACAAAUACGUUUAUUUUCUCUAUUUUAUAGUUGAGCAUUAUCUCUAAGAGACUGUAUUUCAACAACAACAAAGAAAUUUUUACUUGAAAAUGAACUGAAAAUAUUUGUUUUCCAAAUAAUGCAUGACACUUUUAUAUUCAUUACAUGUUCUUAGAUGUUUUCCAAGCAACAGGACCAAAGGACAUCCUAAGUCUGGAUCAUGUCAGUGUGCCUAUUUUAUAUGCUUCAGAGAAUUACUCUUUCAUACUCUUUUACUUUACUGUAUUGCAGAGACACUUAUUAGUAUUAGCUUUUGUAUCAUCACUAAUUGGUGCUAUAUUAUUAUUAUUAUUAUUAUUAUUAUUUGUGUACUGUGAACACAAUGUCUUAUAACUGAAGGUAACAUGUAGCAAUAAUAUAAUCAAAUCAUUGCUGGUACUCAACAGUUUCAGAGGAAAUGAAAAAAAAAAUUGCUGUGCUAGAUCAAUCAAAAGAAAGGGUUCAUGUGUGUCCUAAUCUUAUCAUAGGUGGGCAUAGGAAAAGCCUUUUCUUUUCCAAAACUGAAUUUAGUAUAAUUUCAUCUAUAAUAUGAACUCAGGUGCUAAAGUCAUCUAUUGCUCAUGAAACCCUUAGGAAUUCUUCCCAUGCACUGAUGUUUUCAUAAAAACCCCCACAAAUAACCAUCUAUAUGUCCCCCAGUUCUUUAAUUAUUAAUUUUUUCCUAGAACAAAAAGGUGCUUUAUCAUGUUUAUAUGUAUCUUAUAUUGUAUAAUAUUGUAGGUAGAUUAUUUCCAGUGCAAUGCAUUAUGUCAAAGUUCUAUUUUAAUAAUGUGCAAAAGAUGAAGAGAACAAGAAAGGGAAAUAUAAAGCCUACUAAAGGCUAUUGAGUGGAUCACAAAGUGCAUCAUAUAAACUUUGUAAUUAAAAACUUUGCAUCUACUCCUUUUGUUUCUAUACCUUUUAUGAUGGUCUCCUUUGUUUAAUUUUAAAUGAUCUACUGCAUGAAAUAUUUGCCCAUGUUUGCUUGGAAUAAUAAAUACUAUAACAAGAAUUGCUUACCAUUUUUAAUCCAGGGAGACAUUAUCAUUAAUUAUAAUUAAUCUUCUUGCAAAAUACAAUGUGAAAUAAUAAAACUAAGUGCAACACGUGUGAUAAGAAAUAAGAAACGGAUGAAUAUGAAACGGAGAACAGCUUUGAUGUUUUAAUCAGUCAAGCACUACAUUGCAUCCUUUGAAUACACAUUUAAUGAUCACAUUAAAUUGACAUCAGAAUGAAGAUGUGAAGAUCAUAGUGGCAUCAGUGGUUGACAGCCUGUUUUAGUAAGUAGAAAUUGAUAGCUUUGUAAAAAUAAGACCGUGUGCAAAAAAAGAAAUUGUGACAAAAAUUGUAUAACAAGUAUUCAAGUGUGUAUUUAUGCAUUAAGUUAUCAAACUUCUUUGUACCAUAAAAUGUUUAUUUCAGGUUGACUCAUCACUGUGUGUGUAGUGGCUUUUAUCCCUACAUGAGACUUAUUCACCUUCACAUAGGAAUAAAAAGCCAUAAGACACAACAGCUAUAAUGGGAGCACAGCAGUGUAAAAACUUCUUGCCUUACAAGAUGUACAUUGGAGGGACCUGGGAGAAAAAAAGGAAGGAAGAAAGAAAGAAAGGAAGGAAGAAAGAAAGAAAGAAUGAAUUGAAACCUUUGGCAGGGAAAGAGUCUACAGCAAGACAUUUCCAAGACAGUUACAUUUUAUGAAAGGUCUACAAAAAUCAUUUUCUUAAUCAGUAUUUUCUUGUUCUAGAUCUACACAUCCUUAAAACAAGAUCAAUUUUGCUUGAGAAUAUAUCUAAGCAAUUACGUUUAUUUUUCUCACCACACUGACAAUUUGUUCUUGUUUUAAGCAUAAAUUCACUUCAUUUUGUGGGUACGAGAAAUACACUUAAUUCAAUAUAUUCUCUGAAAACAAGUCUUAAUAUAUCUUAUGCACUGCUUCUCAAGUAAAUCUAGGAUGUUCAGAUAUUUUUACUUGAAAUCAGACAAAAAUACUGAUAUAUAUAUUAUGUUGUUGUUUUUUUUUUUUUUUGUUGUUGUUUUUUGGAAGGCUUUGGCCACAAUCAUGUA